AUGAUUAAUGUUGAAAAGAAGAUCGAUUGCAAAAGAAAGGAUGAUAUCAACAGUAAAAGUGAUUCUUCUCAGGCAUUUGAGGUGGGGGUAAAUAAAGUUGUUAGGCAAAAGGAGGUUAUUGAUGUUAUAAGGGAUAAUAACCUGGGAAUGUGUGUUGUGGUUGAAUCCCAUGUCAAGGUUUUAAAUUUGAAGAAUGUUUGUAGUAAAACCUUUGGUAAUUGGGAUUGGGUCUCUAAUAAUAGGUACUGUGAAGUUGGUACCAGAAUAAUUGUAGGAUGGGAUCCUAAACUUUUUGAAGUUUUGGUUAUUGCCCAAUCUAGACAAGUAAUUCAUUGCUAUAUUAGAGUGUGUGGGUCUAAUUAUAGCAUGUAUAUCGCCUUUAUAUAUGCUGCUUCUAGAUAUAUUGAGAGAAGGGUUUUAUGGGAUGAUUUAAAAAAGCAUAGCUUAGUUGUGAAGAAGGAAGCUUGGUGUAUUCUUGGUGACUUUAAUGUUGCCAUGAAGAAUUCUGAUUACUCUGAAGGUUGUUCCAAAAUUUGUAAUGAAGUUGAUGAAUUUAUUGAGUGCAUCAACUUUAUAGAAGUUGAGGAUCUGAACAGUACUAGAUUUCACUUCACUUGGAAUAAGUCUCCUACUAGGAAUAAAGGUUUGUUGAAGAAACUGGAGAGGGUGAUGGUGAAUUUGAAAUUCUUAUCUGAUCAACCCCUUGCUCAUGUUGUGUUUAAACCAUAUCGUACCUUUGAUCAUUGCCCUGCUAUUCUAAACACUCCUAACUGUAAAAUGAGAUGGAAACCUUCUUUUAGGUUUGUUAAUUUCAUUACAAAUAAGGAAGAGUUUUUACCCCUGGUAUUUCAAAAGCUGAAGUUAUUAAAAAAGCACUGUAGGGACCUGUGUAAUAAAUACAGAGGUUCAGGGAAGAAAAUUAAGGAGUUAAGGAAGGACUUGGGGAAUAAACAGAUGGAAAUUGAUCUGAACCCUCUUAAUGAUAAUUAUAGGAAGGAGCAUGCUAAUAUUCUUUAUGAAUAUAAUGUUGCUUGUAAUGAUGAAGAAAAGCUUCUUUCGCAGAGGGCCAAGAUCAAGUGGUUAUCGGAUGGGGAUAAUAAUACCAAGUUUUUUCACAGCUGUUUGAAAAGUAGAAAUAAUAGGAAUCGAAUUUUGAUGAUUCUGGAUGAGGAUGGAAGAUGGAUAAGGGGAAAUGCUAUGAAGGAGAAAUUUGUUAAUCAUUUUAACAAUUUCUUGGGCUGUGAAGAUAUUACUGAUUUAUCUCUUCUUAAUGAUGAUUUCUUUCAGAAAAAAUUAGAUAAAAGAGUGGCCUUAAGUAUGAUUCGGGUGGUCACAGAUGAAGAAGUUAUGGCUGCCAUGUUUGAUAUUGAUGACAAUCAUGCCCCUGGUCCUGAUGGAUUCUCUUCUAAGUUUUUUAAAAAGAAUAGCUUGGGUGAUGUUGUUAGUCAUAACCAAUCUGCUUUUAUCCCAGGAAGAUCAAUUUUAGACAACAUAUUGCUUGCUCAAGAGCUGAUGGUGGGGUAUAAAAGUAAAAGUGGUGUGCCUAAGUGUACUUUAAAAGUUGAUAUUCAAAAGGCUUAUGACACUGUGGAUUGGAAAUUCUUAAAUAGAAUUCUUUUGGGGUUUGGCAAAAGAGGACUUAGGCAGGGAGAUCCUCUUUCUCCUUACCUGUUUACUAUGGUUAUGGAAGUUUUCAAUUUAAUUCUUUUGAAGAAAAUUGAAGAAAGACAAAAUUUCAAAUACCACUUUUUUUCUUAUGGAAAUGGGAAUUCUGCUAGAGUGAUUAAAUGUGCUCUUGAAGAAUUCAAAUCUGUGUCUGGGCUGAAAGCUAGUAUGGAAAAAGUUCAAAUCUUUUUUAGUUGUGUCAAGCCUAAUAUGAGAAGGAUUAUUUUGGUGCUUGUUGAUAAGAUAAAGGUGAAAGUGCUUAACUGGAAAAAUAAGAUGCUAUCCUUUGCUGGGAGAUUACAACUCAUCAAUUUAGUAUUGACUUCAAUUCAUGUGUACUGGGCUUCUAUUUUCAAAAUUCCUAUUGCUACUAUUAAAGAGAUAGAGAAGAUCUGUAGAAGUUUUUUGUGGGCAAAUGAAUUUUUGGGAUAUUUGGCAAAGGAGAAGCAUGAAUUGGACUUGGAAAAGGUUUUUGGAGGAAAGGAAAAUUAUUUGACCCCAUGUUGUGUCCUGUACUGGAAAUGGAAGGAACACUUCUCUUUGGCAUGA